AUGUCGCCGGGCAGACACCCAAGUCUCCAAAUGUUAGGUGGAUUUUUGUGUACAGUUACUGUGGUGGGUGUCAUCGACGUGUCCUCCACGAUGCCUCUUUUUCCUCGCCGUCUGUACAAAGACGGUGACUUCAUCAUCGGAGCAAUAGUGCCAGCCACGAGAGACGCGGAGCACUGCAAUGAGUUGUCGUCAUCACCCGUGAUGGUCGCAGAGGCUAUACUGUGGACAGAGGCGCUUACAUUUGCCAUUGAUACGAUCAACGAAAACCAAGACCUUUUGGGCAAUAUGACAAUUGGCUACGAUAUUCGGGAUAGCUGUUUCAGCAGCCAGAUGGCUGUGCAGCACACGCUAGAUUUUAUUGACGUCAUAUCGGCACACUCUUCCGAAGAAUGCGUUGUUUGCUCCGAGCACGUGCCUACGUCAUCCGAAAAUGUGUCGUCUGCUUCUUCCUGUUUCGGAAAAUUUUGUGAAGAGUUCGCUGCGCCAACGACAGAAUCUCCUAAGGGACGAGCUCUGCGCAGUUCUGACUAUGCCAAGAAGAAUGCAGUAUCAAACCUGAGCUACUCAACAAAUCUUUUCCGGAUAACAACAGCUUCGGAAUCCGAAUCUCCCAACAGUUCGAUAGUUACGUGCCUUGUGAAGCCAGUGGUCGCUCUCAUCGGCUGCCUGAACAGCGACCAGACAUCGGCGGCAGCCGGGCUUGCCCAGGCCUCCAUGCUUCCCAUGGUCAGCUUCUGGUCCACGGUUGUCUCCCUUAGCGACCCGGCCCGGUAUCCAACCUUCCUGAGGACGAUCAUGGCCGACAACACGCAGAGCCGGCUACUCACGGACCUCAUGCUCAAGUACGGCUGGUCUUACAUCUCAAUCAUCGGGACGGAUAAUGAAUACGGAAGGCAGGGUGUCGAGUCUCUGUUCGAACAUACGGAAGACAAACACAUUUGUGUAGCUCUCAAGGAAUUCUUCAACCCGCUGUCCAAGACGAGAGAGCGAGAUAUUGCGAGAAUCAUCCGGGCACUGUCUGAGAAAAGAGAGACGACUGUCGUCGUUUUGUUUAUGGGUUGGUCACAUGUUCAUAUGGUUCUCGAAGAAGCAGCAAGUCAAAAUCUUACAGGUAUCGUCUGGAUGGGAACAGAUUCUUGGGGACGUCACCCGGAUAUUGAGAGGUACAACCGUUCUCUGGUGGAAGGCGCCAUCGCUCUUUCCCUUCCCCGGCUAGUCUUCCCGAGAUUCCGCGAGUAUUUGCGAGAGCUUGACGUCAUCUGCUCCCCGGACCACCCAUGGUUGUAUCGUCUGCUUUGUUUACAAGGAAUAUGUGACCCGGAAGUGGUAGAGUUCCACCAAGAAUGCUGCCGGGGCUACUUCCGCAAAAACAAAAGGAUGCUGUGUCCACUUCCACCGGCGUUGGAUGUGCUGGCUAGUUUGGAAGACGUCGCCCAUUUUGUGAGCGUAGACACCAUUUUCAAUGCUGUUCGUACGGUGGUAUACGGAUUAGAAGCCUAUCUGAAAAAUAACUCCCAUGAUGGCGACAUCAAGGGUUUCCGGAGAGACAGCUUUAGACACAGCGACCUCUUGGCGCACAUGAAAGGUGGCGAAUUCGUGGACGUCAGCGGUAAGAAUGUGAAGUAUACGGCCAGUGGAGUCAUCGCCGACGUUUCCUACGAGGUGGUAAAUCUACAAUUUGACGAAUGUAAGGAAUCUCUGGUAUGGAGGACCGUGGGUAGCGCGGCCAUCUUGGACGGACAGGUUUCCCUUACAAUAGGAGAUGAUCUAGUUCGAUUUACAGGAGGCGCCGCCAGAGUGACGUCACGGUGCAGUCCACCAUGUGAGCCUGGCUCCAAAGUUCUGCUGAGCCCACAAGAGUGUUGCUGGGAGUGUCAGCCGUGCGUGGAGGGCACCGUGUCGAACGCCUCGAUGAUGAGGGAGUGUACCGUGUGUGACGUCAUCGAGCACACAGACGACAACAGAACGCGAUGCAUUCCGGAUACGCAGCAGUGGCUCAAGAUCACAGAUCCCGUCGGUAUCGUGAUUCUCGUGGCGUCCGUGAUCGGACAGAUCAUCACCUUAACCGUCAUCUCUAUUCUCGGUCGACACAAAAACAACCCGGUCUGCUCGUCGUUGGCUUUUAAGACCACGUCUCUUCUGGUCUGCUUCUCGGGAUUUCUUCAGCCUCUCAUCUACAUGGUGCAGCCGAGCGCCAUGCUCUGCACGUUCCAGAAACUCACAUGGUUUUGCGUCUAUAUUGUGCACGGGGCAACCAUGGUGGCCAGGACGUACAAGGUCAAGUUCUUGGUCGAAAAGCUGAAGCGAUUUCUCGGCUACAAACUCCACAACGUGCACCACGUCAUCAUGUGGAUGUUCGCCGUAGUAGGUUUCAUAUUGCUUGGCGUCUCGUUUCUAGGCAACGUACCGGAAGUAUCGUACAAGAAAGAUUCACCGAAAGCAACGUUUGUCAUGUGCGUGGAGAGCAUGGAAGUUACUGACGUCACCAUCAUCGUGUACCCGCUCUUGCUAUUGGUCAUCACGGGACUACUGGCGGAGACCAGCAAACACAGCCGAAGUCUUGAUGAUAAGUUUCUCAGCUAUACUUCUAGCGCGAUGUUGUUGAUGUUAGUUAUUUUUUUGCCAAUCUACUACACCAUAGACGACGGAAUUGGCAAGGUGAUCAUCCUAGCCGUCAGUGUGAUCAUCACACAAUACGCCGUUCUGUGUCUCACAUACUUCACCAAAAUUUAUUACAUGUUCCGCAGUUACCAUAAAAAGGAGACAGUACGAAGUGCGCUUGCGCUGGAGCGCCACAACAUGGCGUCGUUGGAAGAAGGGAGUAAUAAUGCUACCCCUAAUGGAGUAACUACUACAAACACAGUCAGAUGACAGUUUUGGAGGCGAGGAGCUCAGAGAUUUAUUGGUAUCUUAUGCAAUACUCAAAGUCACCAAAUUUAUGAGAAAGAUGAAGCUUAAGAGCACAGCUGCCACAUGUAUAUCACGUUACCAUCGGUUUUCUGAGCAUUUUCACUGGACUGCACACUCCUUACAGCGCAUGCGCCACUCUUCACAUUCGCUUUACAUCCUUGCCACCAGUAGAAAAUUUUGUACCAAAAACCUGAACAACCCCAGGGUUACUAGGGUCACAACAAUGAGGUAAGAAGUGAUGUCAGAAAACACAAAAACUUCAUACACAUGCUUUCUGAUGAUCUUAAAGGGACAUAAUGCCGACGUCGAACAAGUUGUGCUACUUUAUAUGUCAUCUGGAUAAAGUUUUAUUUGUCUACUGACAUGUAUCUAACUUUAAUGGAUAAUCGAAUGUUCAGUUUUAUUCGGACUUUCGCUUCGACUAUCAACUCACUCAAGUCACUAUAUUUAGAAACAUGGCCGAAGGUUGACCAAAGUUCUUUUUAAAGAAGACUGGUUUUAAAUAGAAAAGGCGGGAAAGUGUAGAACACUUGAGAGGCGGAGUGAAAAGAUAAGGCAUGGGUUCAAGGUUUUAAAUCAGUCAAGAAUGAAUUUUUUCGUUUUCUUUCAAUCGCAUAUAUAUAAUCAGAAAGUGUCGCUCAUUUAUUUAUUUAUUUGUUCCUCUGGUUGUUGUUUAACGCCAUUCUCAAGAAGUGUUCAGUUAUAAGAUGGCGGUCAAGGUUAUGGGUGUAGGAAUUCGGUACCGAUCGAGGUUCGGAUUAAACCCAUACCUCGCCUGUCUGACGACUGAAAAAAGGCCACCAUUCGAAGGCCAUGUGGAACCUGGAAACGUAUAUAAUCCUGGACUUUGUCUCAAAGAUGAAAGCUAUGAAUAACAUGUCAAGAAAUGCAAAUUAAGCGAUGUUGAACCUGGACCUUUGUCUCAAAGGGACAAUGGUUGUUAAACACUACAUGGUUCAUUUUUCAUCAAUAUUUGCUCCGUAUCGUACAAAACCGGCUGUUUAGCAUGUUUAACCUGAAGAAAACUUCAACUACAGUAUUCAUACAUAAGGCAUACCAUUUUAUUUACACUUGACUGCAACGCUUGUGUCAUUUUCAUCAAUCAAUAUUAUACUAGAUAAUCACAAGGCAUAUGGACAAAAACAGAACACAUAUAUUGAACACAUCACAUAUUACAGAACACACCACAGACACCCAUUGUAAAGACUCAAAUAUUUAUUUCAAUCUCGCUUAUCGCUGUACUCGUUUCAAGUUUGCGAUGAUGUUCUGGUUUAUUGGCGUAAGGCUUAAGGUCGGCAUAUUCGAGAGUUAGACCCAACUUACAUAAACCCACCGUUGCGUCUGGUCGUUAAGCGUUCGUCUAUGAGGAAUAACGACUCGACCCAAUGGACUACCGGCAGAUUUUCCCCUCACAACAGGUGAGUUUAGUGUGACAAAGGACUUGCACGUCACAAGUCUUUUGUGCGUCUUUGACGUAUUUGGUCUACCUAAAAUGACGU